UUAUUUCUUACUGUUCCAUUUUUCUUAUACGCUGUUUUAGUUACAUAGCAGAACGUUUACUGGUUAGUAAUUAUAAGUGUUUGAUAUUAACUUUUUUAACGUAUUAAAACGAUUGCGAAAUGUGUAGGCGAUAUCUGCUUUUGAUUUGUGUUCCUACAUUGGCAACCCUGCUGAUAACUUACUAUGCAUCGGAUGAGGUGCCUCCACCGAGGGACAUUGACAGUGUUGCCACAUCUACCGCCAUCAAUGUUACCAACAUACGUGGUGCAAGAGCAACACCGACUCUGCAACUAGUGGUUGUCAUCUCUCGCCAUGGAAAGAGAGGGCCAUACACAACCUUCCCAACCAGUCCAUACCGUGCCGAAAACACCACUAUAUGGCCUUAUGGUCCGCGUGAGCUUACCUCAAGAGGACGCAUGCAGAUGUACAAACUAGGGCUGAAGAUCCGUUCCUUAUACAAUGGAUUUUUGGAUGAGUUGUACUACGGUGAAGACUUCGUAGCCAAGAGCACCGCGUUCGAACGUACCAUACAGAGCGCCCAACUAUUCCUGGCCGGGCUGUUCCCUCCCAGAGACUUCCAGGUCUGGAACAAGACCCUGCUUUGGCAACCCAUUCCGGUGUUCCACAGUAGUGUGGAUUAUCAAGAGAUGGCAAACGUGUCUCAAACCAAAUGGUGUCCCAAAUUCCGUGUCGCAAAGGAAAAGGCAAUAGCUGAAUUCCAACAAGAAUAUCGAAGUGAUAUUAUAGAAUUCUUCAAACUUGUCAACCCUUACACCAGAAUGGACCAACUGGAGACCCUGGAUACCACUGUUUCCAUUUCGUUAGCAAUCUUUGUAAUGUGGGAGUCUUUCUAUACAAUGGUUGAGGAGGGACUUUCUCUACCAUCUUGGGCCGAAAAAUUCUACCCACAACCCCUUACCUUCUUGGCUGAGAAACUUUUGCGGGUAGCAGCCAUAGGGUCAGACACGCAGAUCAGGUAUUUGGAAGGUUUAUUCUUCAAGGAAUUGGUGGAUCUGAUGAGGUCAAAGGUUGAGGGCACUCUUAUUCCAGACAGAAAGAUGUUUUACUAUUGCGGGCACGAUUUCACCCUCUUGGGCUUCCAAGGUAUCCUGGGACUGGCGGAUGGUCAGUCCGGGCUCCUGAGCACUAGAACUGGGUCUGCAUUAAUCUUUGAACUCCACAAAGACCUCCAAACGGAUCUUUUCUACGUGCAGGUGCUGCACAUUGAUGGAACGUCUUCGGACAUGGAGCCUUCACACGUCGAAAUCCCAGGUUGUAACUCUCCAUGUGAUCUUCGUCGUCUGUUGAACCUCACAGAGAAAUACUACAACAUCACAGAUUGGAAAAAGGAGUGCCAGAUUAUUGAAGAUUAAAAAUGAAGGAUAAAAUUCUCGAA